AUGCCUCCUCCCACUGGAACCCUCAGUGCAGGUCCUGAAGAGGCCCAACCAUCCGAAUCCACUCCGCGGAGCAAAGAUCUUGUCGAAGGCCCCAAAAUCAACCCUUCUGGCAUGCAUUUGUUGCGUGAUCGGCAGCACGGUCUUAGUCUCAUAGAGGAUAUUCUGCGUCAACUUCCUGAGGAUCUUCGUGAUAUCCUGGAAGGAAAAAGGAUAAUUGGAACUGGUUUUGUCUGGAUAUGUAUCCCGAGGGAAAGUGCUGCAGUCGAAAAGAUCCCCUUGGCAAUAGCGGGGAUUCCAGUGGUAGUUCCCGUCGAAUAUCGCUAUCCGUUGAUCUCAUUGACGAUCCCUCCUCCCUAUCCACAUACUCAUUUCAUCGAUUGUUCCAAACCAGUAGACGAAGAUAUUGUAGAUGGAAUUUUUGAAACCUAUGAGGAUGCGCUAGGAUUCUAUCUCAUAAACGGUAUGCUGCAGAUAAUUGUACCAAAUGACUUCGAUUACGAAUACGCAGUACCUCACAAACCAAACACGAACGGAAACCUCAAGGCAAGGUACAUCCCUCAGGGUGUGAUCUCAACCGAGGAGAAAUCAGACCGCAACCCCGAUAUGAUAGGACUUGCGCAAUCGACGGCUACCAUCUAAAGAGGCGAAUACAACUCACCAUGAAGCCCAGCGAACCGCACAUAUUCUGAUAGCACGCCUAAUAGCAUGAAGUCGAGUCUUGUG